AUGAUCGGCCAAAGCAACUUCACAUUUGUGAUCCCUGAGAGCGCUAAGCCAGACACGCCACCCGAAGAACUUGGUGUGUAUGGGUUCACAAGUGCAAGAUGCUUUCCAGCGACAAAGGCCCAGAUCCUUGCAGCCUGGGAAGACAUCGUUGGGAAAACCUCUCAAGAGGAUGCCUUGGUCAUUUAUUACUCUGGCCAUGGAGGCAUAGCCGAAAGGGAUUCCGAGGCAACUUCCGAGAAAGGCCGCCGACGUCUGCUGUACCUCAUCCCAGUCGACUUUGGAGAGUCGAAAGAGGAUGAUUGGAGGGGAAUCUCGGAUCUAGAGCUAUCGAAGUUGCUCUACCGGGCGACCAAGAAGACGGACAAUGUGACCCUCAUAUUGGAUUGUUGCCACUCAACCCGUAUGGCAAGGGCGCCAGGGAUAGUCAAGUCCAUCGAUCCCAAUGAUUAUCCUGAGAUUCUCAAGCACAUUGCCAAAAUGAUGGAUGAGGGCCAAUUCGAUGUGAAUUUCCACCAUGAAAGAAACCCAAAAGCCAUCUGUGUGGUCGCAGCCGCUGAGACUGAUAGUGCUUACGAAAGGAGCUUCCAAGUCUCUAACAGCAUUAUCCAGAUGAGUGUCUUGGUAGAAGCUCUCGACAAAGCCCUUCCAGGAGAGAGUGAACAGAACUCUAGGGUCUCAUGGAGAAGCAUCAUGCUUCGAAUCGAAGAUCGUUUGAAACUCAACUGCCCAUCCCAAUCUCCCCAGAUUGAAGGUGACGACCUACGAUUUGCAUUCAGCCUGGAAAAGACCAACCCGCAUGGUGCUAUACCUAUCUCAUUUUAUAGUGGGAGUCCGAUGCUACAUGGUGGACAUCUCCAUGGGUUGAAGGAAAAAGACGUGUAUGGCGUGAUGCCAUUCGGUGAAGAACGAUUGGAUCCGGGGAAGCAAAUUGCAGAGGUUGUUGUCGAUCAGGUUGGACCUAUAAGAUCACUAGGUUCCUUCACGGGUCACCCACUAUCUUCCUUUGAUGACGGGGUCAAAGCAUUCCCGAAGGACAAAGGUCUAGGGAAAAUGGCGGUCGCAUUGCGUUGUUCUAAUGAAUACGCCGAUCAGAUUCGACUUUCUCUCCAGAACUCCAGGUUCCUCCGCGUUUCCGCUACGGAUGAAGAUCCUACCUUAGCCACUAUAGAAGCAAGCAACUCUAAGCUAUUAAUUCGCAGCCAUGAGGGUUGUGGCGAUGGAGGAGAUGCUACAGUCUUGCUAGCGGAGUGGCAACUUGACAACCUGGAAGGGAAAAACUUGAAUUCUUGGAUAAACAAGAGCGUGUCGAUAUUAGAGUCACUAGCUCGCUCUCGGCACCUCUUGUCAAUGCAAGGAAAUACACAAGUGGACUCAGUUUCGCAACAAAUUGAUAUAGAAUGGGGCAUAGUUAUCAAUGGCAAGACCCAGCCAUUCUCAACGGAAAUUGUGACCGUGGAGGAGGGAGAAAACCUAUAUCUCAAAAUUCGCAAUAUCGGCAAGUCAAAAUUGUGGGUGUCCAUAUUCGAUAUCUGCGCCGAAUCGGUCACAUUACUUUCAGACGGGAGCCCUAUUGGCCAUGAGAUAGGUGAAGAUGGGGUUUAUACGUAUGGCGAAAUAGAUUUCAUGUGCCGAUUAGUUGGGUCUGAGAUGAGCUGGCCAGAUGGGGUGCCGAAAGCGAAACAGAUGCCCGAAACACUCGUACUCGUGGUCACAGAUGGCCCCAUCGAUCUUCGCGGGCUCACAACCAGUUCAGAUACUCCCCGAGACACCAAUGACAUCUCGGCCUUGAGGGAGCUAAUGGAGAAUCUUGGUUCUGGGGGGGCUCGCAACGUUCCACCCGAGAGUCGGCGACGUGCUUAUCUAUCAUACGGGAUCCGCCGAUUAUUCUUUCAGCUGAAGUCCAGAACUUCUGUAUGA